AUAAACCCAGAGUGGGGCGGAGGGAAAUGUGGGUGAAUUGCACUUUGAGGUCUGGGUUGCUAUUUGUCACUCUGUCUUUUGCCAUUGCCAAGCACAAGCAAUCUUUCUUCACCAAAAGUUGCUGCUCAAAAGUGACCUUGACCCAAGCUGUGGACAGCCUUUUUGUCAAGGCAGCGUGGCUCAAAGCAACAAUUCCAGAAGACAGCAUCAAAAAUAUAAGACUAUUAAAAAAGAAAACAAAAAAGCUGUUUAUGAAAAAUUGCCAAUUUCAAGAACAACUUCGGUCCUUUUUCAUGGAAGAUGUUUUUGGCCACCUCCAAUUACAAGUUUGCAAGGAAAUACACUUUGUGGACGACUUCUGUAGCCUUAGGCAGAAACUGAGUCACUGCAUUUCCUGUCCUUCAUCUGCUAGAGAGAUGAAAUCCAUUACCACGAUAAAAAAAACAUUUUAUGGGAUUGGAAAUAAAGGAAUCUACAAAGCCAUCAGUGAACUGGAUAUCCUUCUUUCCUGGAUUAAAAACUUCCUGGAAAGCAUUUCGUAAAUCAAGAAGCCA